CCCCUGCGCAACUCUGAGAAACAUACAGGAGAGGGUUCCUGAUUUUACAGUUACAUACAUAUAUAUUCUCCAGAGGCAAUACCAUCAGUGGCUCCUGCUGCUGGCUCAAGAUGCUGUUUACUCUGGGACUUCUCCUCCUUCUCACCCCAUUUCCCUCCUUACAAAGCCCGACCAACGAGAGGAAAAACUCCACAGGAAGCGAUGUGCCCAAAGCCAACGCCGUUUUCACCCUUUCAAAACCAAAGACCGCUUCUACUCUCCCCAAACAGACCAUUCGCCCCAACCUGAAACCAAACAGAGUCGAUCAGACUGUUCUACCGACGCCCGCCUCCAACCAAAAGUCUCUGACCUUUAAUGCUACAGUAAACACCAAAAGCAAAGCCAGCCCGGCAGUAAUUCAAACUGUGGCAGCCAGUGGCACAAUCACCAACAAAGAAAAGCACACAGUCACAGCCAAUCAGACACUUUCAGCUAAGGCUCCUUCAGCCGGUGAAGUGAAGGCCAGCAAAGACAAGCCGGCCCCCACGGGAGCUCCAAAUGUUCCCUCAGCAUCCACAAAGUCUGCGCCAGCCAGCGGUGCUAAAACCCCCAAAGAAAAACUCCAGCCUUCGGUCAAUCAGACUGUUUCAGUAAAAUCUCCUUCAGCCACUGAUGGGAAGGUUACCAAAGACAAGCCUGCCCCCACCGUAGUUCUAAACGUUCAGUCAACAUCCUCAAAGUCGGCUUCUGCCAGUGGCGCUAAAACCACCAAAAACAAGCCCACAGCCUCUGUCAAUCAGACGAUUGAAGCCAAGUAUCCCUCCACCGGUAAUGUGAAAAACUCCAAAGACAAGCCCGCCCCAACUGCGGUUCAAACUGCUCCGUCAACACCAACAAAGCCAGCUACUGCCAGUGGUUCUGCAGCCGACAAAGACAAAAUCACAGCCUCGGCCACCAACAAAGAGAAGUCUGCCCCUUCUCGACCAUUCAAGGUGGUGAUCAGUGACGGCUGCGACUCGAACAAAGCCAAGGAGCAGGAGGUGAAGCUGAUGCCUGGCACUCCCCUGGUGAUGACACAUAAGAUAAGCUUGGUGCCCGGUGGGUGCGAUGGGGCAUGUGAGACUGAGAUGGAUGCACUGAAAGGACGAGUGGCCCGACUGGAGCGUGAGAUGUCCCUCUUAAAAGACAAAUGUCCAUGUUCUGCAAAUUGUCCAGAUGACUGUAGCGGUAAUGGUGAAUGUGAGAAGGGGAAAUGUGUCUGUCAUCAGGGGUUCAUGGGUCCAGACUGCGCUAAGUGUGCCCAAGGGACAGAGUGUCAUAAAAGCUGCCAAAGGAAAGGCCAAGGAGACAGUGGAGACAGUGGAGACAGUGACCCAGCAGAAAAAGGACCAGAAGAAGGAGAGUGA